AUGCCUGCAUCUCCUGCCCUCCCAGAGCCAGAGAUUGCCUUUCCAACGACGCCCCUGAACGACUCUCCCCUGUUCAACCCCCAGCUCGAUAUCCCGUUUGACGUCCACCCCUCCUCAUGGACACCCUUUAUCGGAGAAUACGACUACAGUCAAUACUACGGAGGGCGCCAGCCUCUCUUGGGCUUCUACAACGGAAGUAAGCUCUGUCUAUCGCACAACUCGUACAGGGACGCGUCUCUGACCGCAUUGGCUGUAGGCUUUAUCGUCUCGCCAGCCUCGUACUUGCCACCACCACAGCCUCAAGCGGAUCUCCUUGACCCGUCCGUGUAUCAGGACACGAUCUGCACCCAUGGUGAAAUCCCGCUCGAGCUCCCAGACCCGCUGUCCCAGUUGUGCACCCAAGGCAACGGCGUACCCUAUCUCCUGCCGGCUGGCGACGCACCCACCGCAGAUCCGCUCUUCUAUUCUCCCUUGUCCCUGCCCUUGCCCCUUGCCAGGAUACCCACCCCCGCGUCUGGAAUCGACAACGGCAGUGACACCGACGGGUAUCCAACGCCAACGCCCAUCAAUAGUGUCGUCCUCGACACCCCCGCGGCGCGUACGAGCACACUCGAUGGCCGCCAAAAAAAGAUAUAUGACACCCUUACGCAAAAAGGAAAUAUGCCGGCGGACAUCAAACACGCAAUCAUUGACGGGCUCUUGUCGGUCGAAUGGGCUACGAACGAACCGCUCCCCGUCGACGUGUGCUCCAAGCUGAUGUACGUCUUCAAGGCGGACCCCUGUGCGACGGGGAGAGGAAGUCGUGUCGACUUGGUGCACUAUGUCUGCCUGCUGUGCGAAUGGACGUCCGGCGUCAAAGGGAGAGCAGAUGCGUGGUAUCACAUGAACUGGCAUUUCGAUAUCAAAACCAAAGGGUGCGAUCUGGUCCAUCCCCAGACCAAGAAGCCCUGUACAUGGAGAUUCCAUCAGAACAAUGAUCUCUGGCGCCAUAGGCAAAAAGUUCACGGGGUCCCUCGACCAAAGGUCAAGAAAGGCGGCCAUGCAACGCCAACUCCCGAUCUCCUGCUUAGCGAGCGUCCUCCGCUCUGGCAUCCCGUCGUCGCCUCAAUCGUCAAAGCCGACAAUACUUUUUCGACGACCUGCGUCUCGCCUAGCAACACAUCCUCUAUUGGUACUCGCACAGGGCCCAUUAUUCGCGCCGUGCCGCAGCCCGCCGCGGCGGUGGUCGAGUCGAGCAGCAAGACGUUUGCCUUUCAACUCUGUCAAGGCCAAGACCGACGUGGACGACGACGACAACGACGGGAGUCGGAGUCGGAUCAGGAAGAACAAGGUUCAACAUGGGAGGAAGAAGACGAACGAGAGGCGCCUCCAACCAAGCGACGGCGACUGGCGGUGUGA